CACACACACACACACACACACACACACACACAAAUCUGACCUACACACUGAUCCUGAGAGAUAAAACGUUCAAGGUGUGUUUACAAGUGACACACACUCAUUAGUGAACAAUCUCAUCAUAUUGAAUUAAUUUAUUUAUGAAGACAGAAGAACUUGUCUUUAUUUUUUUCCCUGAUACAGAUAGAAAUGGGGUAAAACAUGGUGAUGCUUAUACUUUAUUCACAACUUUUAUUUAAUGAUUUAAAUAUUAGCUAUAAAUAGAUGAUUAACUAUCUGUUAUUAUAUUUACUAUAAAAAGUUGUAGUUAAACAUCUUUGUACUGAAAUCACAGUGUGAAGAUUGUAGUUUUUCUCAUUAUAUUUUAUCUAACAUUACAUUUCUCUCUCUGUUGUUUCACACGACACCUUCAGCACGGGUAAGUAAAUAACUCGACUUCACACUAAUGAUAAACACUGAUAUUUUAUAAACUUAUCACAUGUAUUAGAUUUUAAUUCAGGAAUCAAAAUAGAAACAUAAAACUAUUUUCAGAUGAUGUUUAUGUGAAGGACUCUGAUCAGUAAGUGAGAUUCCACUUCCAUCAGUCAGCUUCUUUCCCACAAUGCACCUGUGUGUAACCCCACUGCACUGCAAUAAUGUAGACAGGGACGUUUACCAUGUCGACGAAAAGACACAACAAACAUGUAACAUAUAACACACACCACUGCCAGACUCCAUCAGAAUCUCUCUCCUCUUAUACACUCCAUUUUCUCCUGCACUAAUAAGGAGCUACACCUCAGUAUGGGGACGAGAUCUAAAUACACUGAUGAGGCGUUAAUGUUCUCCACAUACACAGAUCUGUAAUUACACAUGAUAAUAGCAGAACACUUUUUGUGUUUUUUGCAUAUUUGUAUGGAAGUGAUGGAAUAAAGACACAUAAGUUUAUGAUUUAUUUGUUUCCCGCUGUGUGACUUUUCCCUCCACAGUUAUGUUUCUGUAGCUGAUAAAUCUCUCCAGUGUGAGCAGAUGAUCAUCAGCACAGAGUAACAGAAUGUUCUGUAGAUUUACUGUGAUGACUAAUUGUACAUCCUUAACUAGCUUUCCUUUGUUUAUGAACAGACACAUAAACUGUGUUAUGUACAGAGUAACAGUUCAAUCAUGCACAAAACAUUUACACUUUAUUAUUCACUGUGACAGAUCAUAGGGAAUCCACAGAGGAGAGAGGAGAGAGAUGAUCAAGUAAAAGACAUCCGGGUUAUUCAGAGAGACAGAAAAUGGACAGAAGAUGAGAGAAUGAAAAUGAAGAUCUCGGCUCUACAGACUGACCAUGAACAUAAAGACCAACAGCUGGAGGAUUAUAAAAGCCAAAUAGAGAAUAAAGAUACAGAACUGAGAAACAGAGAGAAAAUCAUUGAGGAGAAAGACGCACAACUCAAAGAUACAAAUACAACACUAGAGAAGACGAGUAAAGAGCUAGAUGAGAGAGACAGAGCUCUACAUGAGAAAGAUCAACAACUGAAACUGAAAGACACACAGAUACAGGAGACACAAAUACAAGUGGAGGAAAAGGACAACAGACUCGUGGAGAAGGAGAAAGAAUUAAAUGAUAAAAAUGAAGAGCUGAAGAUUCUAAAAGAACGUUUAGAGACUAAUGAGAAGACUCUUUCUGAGAGAGACGCAGUGUUGAUGGAAACUAAUAAUAAACUUCAACAUGCUACUGAACAAGUUAAAGAGAAAAUCUCACAACUAGAGAAUAUGAACAAACUGCUGAGUGAGAAAGAGAAACAGCUGAAGAACACAGAUAAAGAGCUGGAAACCAGUAAAAACAAACAGGAGACACUGGGACAGGAGCUGCAGGAUGAGAAGAGACAACUAGAGGAGAUGAUGAUCGUACUGGAGCAACAGAAAACUGAGAUAGCAGAAAAAAACAAACAGCUUGAAGAGACAGAGAGACUUCUAACUAAGAAAAAGACACAGCUAAUGGAGAGAGACAAACAGCUUCAGGAGAAAGACAAAUGCCUAACAGAAAAUCAAAAAAUGCUUCAGAUGAAGGACAAGACACUGGAAGAGAAGGACACACUGCUCAGAGAGGUGAAAGAAGAAUUAUACAAAACAAAUCGGACAUUAGAGGAGAAUCAGUCUCAGUUAAAAGACAAAGAGAGACAACUGGAGAGUGUAAUGAAUGAACUGGAAUCCAGUAAUCUAAAACUGAUGGAGAAAGACAAACUGCUUCAGGAGAAAGACAGACAUCUGUCUGAAAAAUCACAAAUAUUAGAGGAGAAUCAGACACAGCUGAAAGACAAAGAGAGACAACUGGAGAGUUUAAUGAAUGAACUGGAAUCCAGUAAAAACAAACUAACUGAACGAGACAAACAGCUUCAGGAGAAAGACAGACUUCUAGAGGAGAAAACAAAGCAGCUGCAGGAACAGACAGAUCCAGAAUCAUCAGCCCCCAUCAGGAGAAGAAACAGCAAGGGAGGGUUACAUCCAAAUAUGAGUGGAGAGACUCAGGACUCAGCAGCACCAAUCAGGAGAAGAAACAGUAUGGAUGGACAUCGUCCUGAUUUGGGUGGAGAAUCGUCUAGUCCACAUUCUCCAGUGUCGGUUCCUGUAGCAGAACUGAGGCUGGUGCUGCUGGGGAGGACGGGGUCUGGGAAGAGUGCAGCAAGAAACACCAUCCUGAGCAGAGAGGAAAGGAACCAGGCUGCUACAUCUACAGCUACAUCUACAUCCACCCAGCAGAGUGAGAGCACACAGGGGGAGGUGGCUGGGAGAAAGGUGACUGUGGUGGACACUCCUGACUGGUUCUCUCCUGGACUCUCUCUGGAGAAGCUGAGACAGGACGUGGGACUCUGUGUUCAUCUGUCUGCUCCAGGACCCCACGCCUUCCUCUUGGUAAUACCUGCUAAGCAGUCUACAGGGGAGGGGAGGGGGAUGCUGGAGAAAAUGGAGGAGAUUUUUGGAGAGAGAUGUUGGAGAAACACCAUGAUCAUAUUCAGUGUUACUGAAGAACUUCAGAAGAAGAACAUUGAGGAGUUUAUUCAAUCAGGAGACCAGGAGGUCCAGAGACUAGUGGAGAAAUGUGGGAACAGGUUUCACUGUCUCAACAUUAAGGAGAGUGGAGAUGGUUCUCAGGUCUCAGAGCUGCUGGAGAAUAUAGAGAAGAUGGUGGAAGGAAGCAGGGAGAAAUUCUACAGCAGUGAGAUCUACCUGGAGACAGAAUCUCAGAUUAGAGCGAUGGAAACUAAGAUCCUAAAAGAAAGAGAAGAGAAAAGAAUGAAAGAGGAGAUGGAAGUGAAGGGAAAAAAAGAUAAGGAGGUGCAGGACUCUUUGAGAAAAAUGGAAGGAAUAAUCCAGGAGCAUGAAGGAGACAUCAGACAACUGAAUGACCGAACAACUGAACUGGAGAGAAAGAUGAAAGAAGAGAGAGAUGAAGAGAAAAAGAGAGAACUUGAGAGGGAGUUAAAACGUGAGGUAGAGCGAAGGACAGAAAUGGAAAAAAAGCACCAACAGGAGAUGGAGGAGAUCAGGGAGGUGUAUGAAGGAAAGGUCAGGAUGGAGACAGAGAGAAACUUCAUGAAGAUCAUCCUGCCUGAACUCCAGAGAAACAUUUUGGCCUCAAAAACAAAGAUGCAGGAAGAGUUCAGCAGUCAGAUGGAGAAGAAGAACAGAGAGCUGGAGACUCUUAAAGAGAAACUUUCAGAUCUCACAGAGACUCACAAUGUGCUUGAAGAGGUUUAUGAGAAAACUGUGAGAAGCAGCUCAGAGUCAGAGAGAGCAGCUGUAACAGGGGAGGCAUCGAAGGGAAUUUCUCAGAAAUUUAAAGAAUUCUUUCACUAAAUAACAGAGUUCAUAAAGCCACAGACACUCACCCAGUCAGAGAAGAAUGUCCUAUUCUCAUGGGACUAGUAUUACCUGGAGACCUCGAGGUUGCCUGUGAUGUUAAUCCAGUGUGAAUCGGCCAUGUCUGUAAUUUGUAAAGUAAAAAUUCCUCCGCAAAUGAACUACCAUAUUUUAGCGAACACUGAGGUCCUGUGAUAUUAUUAGUCCUGUGUGAAUCAGCAUUUCUGUGAUUUGACCAGGAUUUGGUGAAGUUAUCUAUCAAUUUUUCAAGGUUUUUGUUUGCUGCGCGCCUUUUUAUUCAUCUUUCGUGAAGAAUUCGUUAGUGUUUUGAGAGUAUUUUGUCAUAUCACUAUAUACCAUACAACAAUUCAAUGUGCAGUAGGAGAAAGCAGAAAACCAUCAGAAGAGCGAAAGCAAAAAUAUUGAUUAGAAAGUGAUUGAUGAGAUGUUUAGCAGGAUGCAGUUAACACUUUUGUUGUUGGUCUUUCGGCAAAGAGUUUGCCACAGCAGAAUAACCAGUCCGCACAACAACUUAGCACAGCUUUCACGCCGGAUGCCCUUCGUGAUGAAACCCUCCCAUUUUAUCCAGGCUUGGGACCGGCACUACAUCCAGUGGCUGGGGAUCGAACCCGGACUUUCCGCAUGGCAGGCGAAACACCUACCACUGAGCCACCAGUGCCCAGGAUGCAAUAAACACUCAUAUAUCAUACAGUUAGACCUGGGGGACAUGUGUAGCUCAGUGGUUAAGGUAUUGGACUACGGUUCGGACGAUCGCAGGUUCCCAGGCUCUGGAUAAGAGCGUCUGCCAAAUGCCUAAAUGUAAAUGUAGACCUGUAAUAAUAAUUCCAAACAAUAGUUGAUUCAAAGUAAUGCAUAAUUAAGCGAGGAGGUUCACGUCAAAAUUCUCCAGUCAUUCGAUUUUAACCCUGUGAAAUGUAAAUGACACAGGGCACUAUAACUAUAUUUGUUUCUUUUUUUUUUAAUCCAUCUAACCGCACAUUCAUAAAUUCUCUCUCUGUCUCACACACAGUCUGCAUAUGCACGGACAUACACACACGUACACACACACUUGCCAGGUAUUUUCCAGUAUAUUCAAGAGAUAAGUCAGUAAAUUUGAGUUAAAUUGCAGUCUUUGCUCAUCCAGUGCGAAUGUGCCACACGAAAUGAAAUUUUUAAAUCACAUGAGGUUCCCAAAUAAUACUAAUCCCGUGUGAAUAGUACAUAAGUGUGCAGUCCAGAGACAGUGGACAGAACUGCACUGGGAGAAAAAUUUAUUUUUCUUUCUUAUAGAUGCACAGUAUAUAACUUAUGUUGAUUUUCAAAACACACACACACACACACACACACACACACACACACACACACACGCUAGGAUAGGCUACCUCUCAAUGAGGUCGUGUUAUGAUGAAGCUCCUCCCUACUGAUUCAGCCCCCUCUCCUCCUGCUCUUUCUCAUUCUGCCCUUCACUCCGGCCCUCAUCAUCGAUUACAGUUCACUCCUGCUCUCCUCUAUGACUCUAAACUUGCUCUUCUACACCUGUCUGAUGAUGCUGCACAAUGAAGAGGAGGUGACUGCAGUAGUCUCAUAUGCUGUCAGCAGACAAAUAAAUGGGUCAUUAAUCAAUAAAUGUAAUAAUAAUAAUAAUAAUUUGUGUUAGCCCCGAAUUGCACUGGCCCACUGGGAAAAUACCCGGUAUAUCAGAGUACUAAUCUGGCCCUGAUGGUUGACGUAAUGAGAAGAGAGAUUAGCAUAAGGUUAAUGAAAGGAGCUAAUAAGCUAAAAAACUGUUCUUUUACAUUACAAAAUCUCUGCAAGGAAAUGCCUUAACCAGCAUGUAUAGUGUAUGGAUAGUUUAUUUUUUAUUUUCUUUUUUAUUUGACAUGUUUAAUUGGCUAUAAAUGUGUAUGAUAUAAUAAUGUGUAUAUAUAUAAGUUUAAUUAAGUCUUUAUUUGUCACAUAUACAUGACUGUACAGUAAAAUUCUUCUUUAAGUUGAGUGUUGUGAGUGGGGCAUUUUGAACAAUUUACAAAUUGUAGAAAUCUUAUUAUGCCUCAAUGUGAUCAAUGCCUUUUAUACUAUAGAAUUUUAAGAAAAACCAUAUGUAAAUAUAGAUGAACAUUUUAUCUAUUUAUAUUUACAGUUCAUGUUGUGCUACAUCCUCAAAACACUAGUUGCUGCUAGAAGCACAAUCACCAGACUUGAACAAUUUUUUUUAAUUUAAUUUUAGGUCUUGGCCGGUCAUACAAGCAUUUCACUGCAUAUCAUACUGUGUAUGACUGUAUAUGAAUGUACGUGACAAAUCAAAUUUGUAUUGAAUUUGAUUUUAAACAAAGCAAAAAGUGUCAGAGAACUGAUUUUUACUGUAAGUUCAGAUCGCUUGAUGGUUUUACAGAUGUUUUCUGUCCAUUAUUUGUUUGUUUGUUUGCCUUUGUUGUGUUGCGAAGUUUUCAUUAAAAACAUGAAGAUACAUUUUUGCUGGGACGGUCUGAGCAAUUCUGCAAAUCCAUAUUCAACAUAAUUUGAAUGUAUCACUGCAUCACUGAUCAACACUGCCAUAUUGUAGCCAUUUAUGGCUUUCAUGUGCUAUGAUCUCAAUAAAAUUAAUUUUUU